AUGGAUGAUGAUUCACUUAUAACCGAUGACGAUCGACAGACACCUUCAACUGGACAGCACUCAUCGGAUGAGAUCUGUACGGAAAUAAUCGCAGUAGUUGCGAAAGAAAAUGCACUAAUUCCUGAUCCAGUGGAAACGGCUAAUGAGAAGAGUUCCAUAAAGUUCAAUGAUGACAGCAAGCAAUUUAUCUUUGAUAAACAUGUCAAAAUAUCUCGCGUCAAUCGUGCUAGUUUACAUAGUUUAAAUACGGAAUUGAGGUUCUCGCAGUUAAGUGCACUUUCAAGACGGAAAAGUACUGGAACUGUUUGUGUAUCUCAUGGAAAUAAAGCUCAAUCUCAGAUGACAACUGACAAUUCUGCAGAUCAGUCGACAAGACGUCAAACUCCUGUUCGUAAUAUCCCAACAAGAACAACUGAGCAUAAAGUACUCGAUUCAACACAAAAGAUGUCUAACAGCAAGACUGCGAUAACACGUGUAUCAUUUUCUGAGUUACCAUUCGGAAUGGGUCAGAAAGAUGAACAUGUCACUGUAAAGCAUAUAUCUAUAAAAUAA